AUGGGCUCUAAAAAGCCACUGAAACAUCAAUCUAACUCGUUAUUAACAAAAUUAUUGCCUUGGACCUUCUCCAUCCUCCUCCCCCUCCUCCUCAUUCAUCUGUGUUUUCAUCCAAUACCCUUCCUACGCUCUCCAUCUAGUAAGCUUCAUUCAAAUAAUAAUAAUGCUAUCAACAAUGACUCCGCUUCUCCUCCUUCGCGACGUACAUUUCCAUCCAGUCAGCUUCAUGCAAAAAAUCACGUUAUCAACAAUGACUCCACUUCCCCUUCUCCUUCGCAAGAUGUUAAUAGUUCUAAUGCUCCAACUGCGUGUGACUACUCGAAUGGGGAAUGGAUACGUGACAAGUUGGGACCUCUGUACAAUGGGACAACUUGUGGUACAAUUAAAGAUGGCCAGAAUUGCAUGAGCCAUGGGAGGCCUGACAAAGAUUAUCUCUACUGGAGAUGGAAGCCAAGACAAUGCAAAUUGCCAAGGUUUGAGCCUCGGACAUUUCUCCAAUACCUUAGCAAUAAGCAUUUGGCUUUUGUGGGUGAUUCUGUUGCUAGAAACCAAUUGGAAUCCCUGCUCUGCAUGAUCACCACUGUUUCUUCUCCUAAGCUUGUUCGUAGUUAUGGUGAGGAUAACAAAUUUCGCAAAUGGCAUUUCCCUUCUCAUAAUGUUACCGUGUCCAUUUUUUGGUCACCAUUUCUUGUAAAAGGCAUCGAGAAAUCCGAUGAGAUUGAUAUCACGCGAAAUUACAAUAAACUGUACUUGGAUUUAGUUGAUGAGAAAUGGGCAGGGGAAAUUGAUCAUCUGGACAUGAUAGUUUUAUCUGUGGGGCAUUGGUUUUUACACCGGGCAGUGUACUAUUAUAAUGGUACCAUACUAGGUUGCCACUACCGCUCUGAUCAAAAUUGCACUGAAAUUGGAUUCUAUGAUGUUUAUGGCAAGGCAUAUCAAACAGCCGUUAAUUCAAUAAUUGACAGGAAGAGAUCAUCUAGUUGCAAUGCAACUGAUGUUUUUGUAACUACAUUUUCACCUGCUCACUUCGAAGGGGAAUGGGAUAAAUUUGGGGCGUGCCCCAAAACAAAGCCUUAUAAUGCAAGUGAAAAGAAGCUAGAAGGGAUGGACGCAGAAAUGAGAAAUAUAGGGAUUAAAGAAGUUAAGGCAGCAAGAGAAAAAUCUAAGAAGUUUGGUAGCUUGAGAUUUGAGUAUGUAGAUGUGUCUGCAUUAUCUUUCCUUAGAGCAGAUGGCCAUCCAGGGCCGUAUUUGUAUCCUUUUCCAUUUGCCAAUGGAAUUAAAGAUCGUGUACAGAAUGACUGUGUGCAUUGGUGUUUACCAGGGCCUAUCGAUACAUGGAAUGAGAUUUUGUUAGAAAUCAUGAAAAGACGGGAAACUGAAGUUUAG